GUGCACCGCCGAAGGUCCAGUGUAUGGCGACCAAUGUUAGACCGCGAUUGUACGAAUAGUGCGGUAUUAGUCGCUCUUCAACUAAAUGCUGAGAGGAGCAGCUUGGAGGCGUCAAGAAAAGCCCGAACGACAAAAAUAAAUGCUGAGACGGAGCUGAGUCCUUCGGAAGAACAACCCAACGCUAUGGCACCUUCCCAACAAACUCGGAGCUCGCGAAGAGAGGAGAUGGCUGCAUUCCGCUUUCCUGCACCGGAAGAUCGACAUGCCCUCAAUAUAUUUAUACCAGAGCCUCAGAUGAAUAGCCCGAACGAGCGCGCAUCACCGACUUCGGAUACGACAUUGUUUGACGACGAUGAUUUGGAUGUACCACCCAUGAGCCAAAUAACAGAUGGUCAUUUAAUGCAUGGCUGUACAGUAGUUGAGGACAAUAGGUCAACAAACCAAAGCCUGUAUACAGCUUUCCAUCGAGUCCAGGAGCACGCCGCGAUCCCCAUCCAGAGACGAAGUAGACAGCACCAAUGCCAUGGAUCCUCUAGUCAGGUCUAUGACCCUGUCAGUACACGACACCAGCUGCGCAGUGCUCGAUAUAAUGCUACGAUGGACAUCUUGACUGCUGAAGAACGGGAAAUGGAGUACCAACACCGCCAUACUUUCAUAGGUACCGCUUCGCUCGAAGAGUUUCUUGAUCUUCUGGAGAUUUCGUCCUCGCAUCGUGUUAUGCGGAGCGCAGUAGUGAGGGCCUUUGUACGAUUGGCAUCAACAGAACAGCUGUAUGCUCGUCAAUGCUCUACGAAACUAGACAGGUGGGGGCUGGUAGCACGAACGACAUUGGAUUACAGGGAUACUGCUAGCGUCGAUUAUGUUGUACAAUCGCGGAUUAAAUUAGGCUCGAUCUCGUUACGGCAACUUCUUGACAUGGUUCCCUUUGACCAAGACAACGGGGCGGCGGUUACAAAAGUCGUGGACGCCUUUUCCGCUGCAAGCCAUAUGGAUGCGAAGACCACCAUGGACAUGAGCAACAAGGCCAGAGCGCUCAGGAGUUGGAUCGUCUCACAGCAGAUGGAUGCAGGUUGGUGCUGA